CUUAGAUCCAGGAUGCAUCAAGGAUUCGUGCCAACCAGACAAGCCCUUUACCCGGUUGUCAUACAUCUGGGAGACGACCCUUGCCCUUUCCAGUCAUCCCGCGUCUAGCAAUCUUGCACAUCAUAAAAGGCAAUAUGAUCCCCAGGGAGACAUGGCGGCUUCCGGGCAUUCGGAAGACUCGUCACGGAUCCGAUCACGAACCACUGGCCUGCGUGUAUGAGGUUGCGCCCCAAACCUCCCCGAGAUGUACUGUGCGUAUCCAUUCGUUCUUCUCUGGUUUGAGGCGAUGCGCCUUCUUAGAGAGCCAUCCCAGACCCAGGUUGAGACGCCUGGACCUGCAGCGAAGGCUAGACCUGCUCGUUUUCGACUGUUUAUUAUUGUGCCUCUUAUCCGCACGAUGUAGUCUUGUGGACAUCCUGUUGUCCAGCCAGUAUGCCUCCGAAAUGACAGAGGCCAGCAUCCAACCAGCCCUCGGUUUCAUAGAGGUUCCAAGCGUUCUCUUGUGCUCAACACAAGUCCAAGAUCACAAUUAUAUCCUUGUUGCAUCUCUUCGGGGUCCGAAUAUCUCACACUUAUGGAACCCUUCUUUACUGUAUCUUGUCCUAUAUUUUCUCUCGCGUGGCAGUCAAUCCUUUUCCGUCGGCUGCCUAUGCCGACCCUACUCGGUUCCUUCCGUCCUUUAGGGUCGUAUAGACGUGAACAUUUCACCCUUGUUCAGUUCACACCGGCACUUGGCCAGAGCUGUUGCAGCAUUGGUGGCAAUGGGUAAGCCUUCUGAUCUCCGCAGAUAUGGCUCAUCGUUCAGCGAGUUCGUCACCACCAAUGACGACUCGUUCAAUUCAAUAACUAAUAGCUCCUCUACAAUUCAACAAACAAUUAUUGAUUUGGCGCUUUCUCUGAAAUUAUCACCUGACGAUCGAUUGGGGGGCAUUUGGGUGUUCCUUGGGCUUGACUCGGGUUUCAACGUCGCCAAGAGAGACGAUUUUGGGCAGUAUGUCAUUGCCACGAUUUAGCUUUCCUCGAUAUCUACGUCUCAAAGAACGUG